GGAUGAUAAAGAAAAUGAACAGGCAUAAUCACAUUGGUCACAACUAGCUUUAUCAUCGUAGAUUCAAGCUUAAUUCCUAUCUUCAUUUAGAUCGGACGGUCAAUAGCUAGGCGGUUUCGGAAAUUUUUUAGAACUCCUGUUACUCGAGAAAGAUCCAAUAAGAAGUAAUUGGCGGACCACCGGGUUUAAAUCCCUAAUGCCUCCAUAUUCUCGCCCUGUUUUUGUUCUGGCUCUUGCUGCUGAAAAUCUUACCCGGAGGGACUCUCCAAUUUAGAGAGAGAGAAGAUAGAUCACUAAAGCUUCAAUCUGGUUACGGGGCAGAGGCGGAGAAAAAGAAAAAGAUGGUGAACUCAUCGGUGGUGAACACCUAUCCUCUGUCGAGCUACACAUUCGGCACUAAAGAGCCGAAAAUGGAGAAAGAUACCUCCGUAGCUGAUCGUCUUGCUCGUAUGAAAGUCAACUAUAUGAAAGAAGGGAUGAGAACAAGUGUCGAAGCAAUUUUGCUGGUACAGGAGCAUAAUCAUCCUCACAUACUUCUUCUGCAAAUUGGAAACACAUUCUGCAAACUGCCAGGUGGACGUCUAAAGCCAGGAGAGAAUGAAAUUGAGGGUUUGAAAAGAAAACUGACCAGCAAGCUUGGUGCUAAUUCUGCUGCUCUGGUGCCAGAUUGGCAGAUUGGUGAAUGUGUGGCCAUUUGGUGGAGGCCAAACUUUGAGACCAUCAUGUAUCCAUAUUGCCCACCGCACAUAACAAAGCCUAAGGAGUGCAAGAAGCUUUUCCUUGUUCACUUAUCUGAAAGAGAGUACUUCGCUGUACCCAAAAAUUUAAAACUUCUUGCUGUUCCAUUGUUUGAACUCUAUGACAAUGUGCAGAGAUAUGGACCAGUUAUAUCCACCAUUCCUCAACAGCUUUCCAGAUUCCAGUUCAAUAUGAUCGCUACAUGAAUUUAACCUGGAUUUCUAGAGUUUACACCUUCGAUGUAGUGCUUGGAUUCAUGGUGGCUACAGACAAUAGUAUGGAUCUGAGAGCUUUGUAACUGAUUUUUUCAAGUUAAUGGUAUUUAACUUUUGCUUGAUGGAGUUUAUGUAUUUGUCUCAAUUAAUGUAGGAUCUUUAUAGUUUCAACUUAGCGUGUUAGUGUAAGGAUGUCAGAACGCCAUGUGCUUUGCAUGUCCUGGUGGAAAUGUCUCUACAGUGUUGAUGCUGCCGCCACUGUAUCUGUAGAGGAAAUACAGGAUUAUUUAUGGCUACCUAGUUUGUUUUCAUAUUUUGAAAUAUAAAUUUUGGUACAGUAGUGUGCAA